GGCAUGUGCCAGGCGCGGGAGGACUACGGGCGGCGCGGGCCGGGGCGGCGAGCCCCGCCCCCCAGGUGGGAGCCCCGCCCCCCAGCUCGCCGCGGGCCUGCGUGAAGUGCAAGGAGGGCUCUGCCGCCGUGGUCAUCCGCCUCGGGGACGCCUUCUGCCGGGCCUGUUUCCGGGAAUACUUCGUGCACAAGUUUCGGGCCGUGCUGGGCAAGAACCGCGUCAUCUUCCCGGGCGAGAAGGUGCUGCUGGCGCUCUCCGGCGGGCCGGCAUCCAGCGCCAUGCUCCGGCAGGUCCAGGAGGGGCUGAGCCGGGAGACGGCCAAGAGGCUCCGCUUCGUCCCCGGCCUCGUCUACGUUGACGAGGGAGCCGUGUGCGGGCAGAGCCCGGCGCAGCGGGAGGAGAGCCUGGCCCGCGUGGAGGCCAUCCUGCAGGCCACAGGCUUCCCCUACCACCUGGCCCACCUGGAGCAGGCCUUCGACCUGCCCGGCUCCGUCCUCCGGCGGGGGCCGCGGGGCGGCAGCAAGCCCUGCCCCAGUUACAAGGAGGCCGUGGAGGACUUCAUCCAGCAGCAGCGGCAGGCGGCGGCGGACGGCGGCGGAGCUGCCUCCGACGGAGCCGCCUCCCUGCCCCGGCGCCCGGCCCAGCUCCGCACCCAGGACGUGCCUGAGCCUGCCGGAGGGGAGCCGGCAGCCCCCGGUGCCCGGCUGCCCGCCGCAGCCCGCACCGAGGAGCUGCUCCGGCUUUUUGAGGACGCAGAGACCUUGACGGCUAAGGAGGAGCUGCUGCAGAUGCUGCGGACGCACCUCAUCCUGCACACGGCCAGGACCCAGGGAUACACCAAGGUCAUGAUGGGGGACAGCUGCACGCGUGUGGCCAUCAAGCUCCUGACCAACCUGGCCCUGGGCCGUGGCGCCUUCCUCGCCAUGGACACGGGCUUCAUGGACACCCGUCACGGCGACGUGGCCGUGGUGCGGCCCAUGCGGGAGUACAUGGCCAAGGAGAUCGCCUUCUACAACCACUUCUUUGGCGUCCCCACCGUCAUCACGCCGGCCCUCCGAGCCAAGCGCCGCGAGAAGACCAGCAUCCACCGCCUGAUGGAGGACUUCCUCCUGGGGCUGCAGGCAGAGUUCCCCUCCACCAUCAGCACCGUGUACCGGACGGGCGAGAAGCUGAGCACGGCUCCCGCGGAGGCCAGCUCGGAGCCGGGCGCCGAGCCCCAGCGCUGCCUGCUGUGCCUGUGCGCCCUGGACACCCUCGCGGAGGAGGACUUGGCCCUGGAGCCCACCCUGAUCGCAGAGGAGGCGGCGCAGAGGCCGCAGGAGCCGGCCGGGGACGGCUGCUGCCGGAGCUCUCCGAUGCCGGGGGCCGAGAGCAGAGCUGCCUUCCUGCCACUGCUCUGCUACAGCUGCCGGCUCACCUUCAAGGAAAUGGGCCGCCCGGACACGCUGCCACCCUACGUGCGCUCGGAGGCCCAGCGCAGGAGCCGCAGGGCUGAGAUGAAGCAGCAGAUCCAGGAGUUCCUGCUGGAGGAUGAUGACGAUGAGGACCCCAGCGAGAGCUGAUGAGCCUGGCCCCGGUUUUGCCUCCUGCUGGGGACAAGGGUCCUGGGGACGGGCCCCCUGUCCCUCUGGGAGCCUGGCAGGGCACGGUCCCACCGCUGGGGACAGCCGUGGGGACACGGCGCCUGUGCCCCAGGCUGCGCUCACCAGCACGCCUCGUAGGGUGGCGAGGGACCAGAGCCAAGGCUCGGGGACUUGCUGGAGCACCCACGGUGACACCUGGUGCCCAGGCAGCUGCUUUUAAACCCAAUUUAAACGAUUUGGUCAGCAGCAGGGGGGUCAGAGAGAGCCUCCUGGCCCCAGCUGUGCUCAGCCCACGGCUGCCAGGGCGGCCCUGGUCCCACCAAGCGAGCCCCCCACUCCCAGCCCCAGGAGCGCGUGAACCGGGGAGGCCUCAGCUUUACUUUUAUUAUAUAUCUGUAUAAAUAAACCAUUUGAAUUAAAA